UAAAUUGUAACAUAUUUAAUAAAUCCAGGGUCUAAUUUGAUGUAAUUGAAACUAUAUCGGUGAAAAUGAAUAAACAUUUUCUUUUAGACACACACAAAGCUUCCUUCUUCAACCUCCCGAAAUCAGGCGCUAAAGAAAAUGGUAACAAUCCUUCUAUAUUUCCUCUGCUUCUACGCCCUUCACCUCUUAAUUCAUCGUCUUCUCGCCAAGUUCCACAACCGCCCACCUUCCCCUUUCCCAGCCCUCCCCUUUCUCGGCCAUUUCCACCUCCUCAAGCCCCCUCUUCACCGGACUUUAGCCAAGAUUUCCGACCAAUACGGCUCCGUUCUCCUUCUCCGCUUCGGAUCUCGUCCAGUCCUCCUCGUCUCUUCCCCUUCUGCUGCCCACGAAUGCUUCUCCCAAAACGACAUCGUUUUCGCCAACCGCCCUCGAUUUCUCGCCAGCAAGCAUCUCGGAUACGACUUCACCACCGUCGUUUGGGCCUCUUAUGGCGACCGCUGGCGCGAUCUCCGUCGAAUCUCAUCCCUUCAUCUCCUCUCCUCCGCUAAUCUCCAAGCUCUCUCCUCUGUACGCUCUGAUGAAGUCCAUUCCCUAAUACUCCGCCUCUGUAAAACCUCAAAUCAAUCCAUCGUCAAUGUUAGAACUGUUCUCUUCGAAUUCAUGCUUAAUGUUAUGAUGAGAAUGAUCGGCGGAAAGCGUUACUUCGGCGAUAACACAACCCAUACAGAGGAAUCUCGGAAAUUCCAAGAAAUCGUUACCGAAACGUUUAAACUAUCAGGGGUUAAUCUGGUGGAUUAUUUCCCGAUACUGAAAUGGACUGGAAUCAGCAGAAAAUUCGAGAAGAGGUACAUUAAUCUACGGAAGAAAAGAGAUGAGUUGAUUCAGAAUAUAAUAGAGGAACACAGAAAGGAGAAAGAGAAGAUGAUGAUGAGUAGUAACAAAUCUCCAUUGAAGAAGACGACAAUGAUCGAAGUGAUGUUAUCUCUUCAAGAAUCAGAUCCUGAAUACUACACCGACGAAGUCGUCAUCGGCCAAAUGAUGGUUAUGUUAUCGGCUGGAACCGACACGUCGGUUGGGACGAUGGAAUGGGCCAUGUCGCUACUGCUGAACCAUCCGGACGUGCUGGCAAAAGCCAAAGCCGAAAUCGACGACAUCGUAGGGGAAAAACGACACAUGGAAGAAUCGGAUCUGGAAAAGCUACCGUAUCUGCAGGCGGUGAUUAAGGAGACGCAGAGGAUGUACCCGGUGGGGCCGUUACUGGUGCCUCACGAGUCCUCGGCUGAUUGUUUCGUGGGUGGGUACCAUGUCCCACGCGGCACGAUGUUAGUGGUGAACGCGUGGGCCAUACACAACGACGCCAGAAAUUGGGAGGAGGCGGCAGCGUUCAAGCCAGAGAGAUUCAUGGGAGCGGCGGCGGUGGAAGAGGGAGAUGGAAUUGGGUUGAAGUACAUGGCAUUUGGGGUGGGUAGGAGGGGGUGCCCUGGGGAAGGGCUGGCCAUGAGAGUAGUGGGAUUGGCUUUGGGGUCGUUGAUUCAGUGCUUUGAGUGGGAAAGAAUUGGGGAAGAAAUGGUAGACAUGAGCGAAGGAACGGGGUUGACUAUGCCAAAGGCCUGCCCUUUGCGAGCUAAGUGUAGGCCCCGCCCAAUUCUCCACUAUGCCAUGUAAUGUAAGUAUAUAGGGAAGUUGUCAAAAAUAAUAUUUUUAAGUUUUCACCCACCUUUUUUUAAACUUGUUCAAAUAGUUUCCCAAAUAAUAUCGACCAUCCACAUGUUAUCCUUGACGACAGUGGCCCCAUACCUUGAUGUCCAUGAGGAUGCUUGUUCGUGUUGUUGUGUUUCUCAAUUGUAAUGUAGCCUUACUUGACCUUUUGCUCUUUCAGAUGUUAGUAUUUAUUUCGAGUACAUUUCCUUACAAUACCAUCCUAGAUGUUGCUCAAUCUCUUUUGAGGUGUACUAUCAUGUCAAAUCUAUUGUAACAUCCCGAUUUUUUAGGAAAAUUUAAAUUAGUUAUCUCAAA